AUGUCCAACAGAAAUAAGAAGUCCAAAAGUCCAUAAGUUUAAUAACCUAAAAUUGUUGAUAAAGAUUUGAUGAAAUAUUUGAUAUUUUAGAAAAUUGUUAAACCAUAAGCACCUGCAGAAUUGAUUAUGAAAACAUAACCAGAUGAAGAUUACGAAGUUGAAGAUUUCAAACUAGAAAUAGAAAUGAAGUUAUAUAUAUAGUCAUAUAAAUUCUAGGUUCAGAAAUUGUAAAAUUAACCACACUUUCAAAUUUCCUAAAGAGAACUAUGAAUCUUCAUCAGAUACAUCUUUGCAAUCCUUAAAAGAUGUUACAUCUUAUAACUUAAAUUGUGAUAAUUUGGAUAGAUUGACUGAUGCAACUUAACCCCAUUUCAUGAAGGCUCUUAAUGAAAGAUUAAUGAAAUUAACAGAUCAGAUUGUCGAUGAAUCUCAAUCAAAAUCUAAACAGUUUAAUUAUGCUCCAAAUUUAAAGUCUUCUAGGUAAAUGAAAUUUUUAAUUUAGAAUGUAGAAGUUACGAGGAACCAAUAUAUCUAAUACAUCAAUUACAAAACCUACCGAGUUGUCUGUAAAUGCAGCAAGUCAAAGUCAAGGCAGGGAGAGUGUGAUUACUAAACCUUCAUCAAAUCUUGGUUUUAGGGCUACUCCUACAUUAUCAUCUGAGAAAAAAAAUAAAUCAAAAUAUAUUCAACAAAUCUUGAAAAUUACUUAAUAAAAAUAAAUGAAUAAUUAAAAGUAAUUCCAUUGUAGAUUUAUAGCAUAGGUGGGACCUUCUAUAAGAGAACUCCUUAGGUUAACAAUAAUUACAUAAACAUCAAUUAAAAUAUUAAUAAUAGUAUAGUAGUUAAUGGAAAAAAGAAUUUUUAAGAAAUUAGAAUUAAAACAGAGUAGGAUGAACCUGAAAUUAGCUUAUAAUAAUAUUAGGUAUUGCCAAAUUCUAGGUAUUCAUUAUUUAAUAAAUAAAGACCUAAAAUGAGAGAGUCUACAAUCAAGGGGAAAAAAUUAGACAUUUCUAUUGGACAUAAGAAUCUUACUUUAGACAGCUAAUAUCUAGAAAAUUAUAGUCGUCAUGCUAAAAGUUAAAAUAAGAAUUAUAAGGUUUGA